AUGGACCUUGAUGCCGGUGACUCCCCAUGGGGUGAUGAGCCUUCGCGCUCUAUAACCAGCCCGACUACCUCCAAGACCGAUAAAUCCGAGAGCUCUCCCGCCCCGGCCGCAUCAAUCAGCGGCGGCGAGAAGCUGUCGAUGAUACCGUUGACCCCCCUUGGCCCGCUAGGAGAAGCUCCGUCCGAGACCAGUGCCACACCCACCGAUGAGGCUCCGGCUCCUCCCCAGAAAGAAACCAUUGCUGGACGCAGCCCCCCGCCACCUACAACUUUUCCUCCAGCAUUUGGCGGGACUGGCUUGGUAGAAUCCGGUAACUUGGAAGAAGAUGGUGCCGGGUUUCGAGGACCCCCGCCCGUACAACCUCCCUCCGAGGCAGAGGGACCGAAGCGCCAGACACAACCAAGCGUGAGCAUUGAACAGGCAGCGAAGCCGACAUUCGAUAUCAGCGUUGGGGACCCGCACAAGGUCGGGGAUCUGACAAGUAGCCACAUCGUUUAUCAAGUUCGGACAAAGUUGUUGCCCCCUCCACCCGAGAAACAAGCCGUGGGCCGAUUUGAUACCAACUUCGUCGAAUCUCGCAGAGCUGCGCUGGAGCGGAUGCUGAACAAGAUUGCCGGUCACCCAAUCCUUCAGCAUGAUUCUGAUUUAAAGAUUUUCCUCGAGAGUGAGGCCUUCAAUGUCGAUGUGAAGAACAAGGAGAACCGAGAGCCCGACCUUGGCCAGAGUAAGGGCAUGUUUAGCUCUUUCGGAAUUAACGUCGGAGGAGGAGGCAAAUUUGUCGAACAUGACGACUGGUUUCAUGAUCGUAAAAUUUACCUGGACGCACUCGAGACUCAAUUGAAAGCCCUGAUGAAAUCAAUGGAUACUGUGGUCAUGCAACGAAAAGGCCUUGCCGAAGCCGCGGGCGACUUCUCGAGCUCACUUCAUGCCCUCUCUGCUGUUGAGCUCUCUCCGGCCCUUUCCGCUCCUUUGGAAGGUCUGUCGGAUCUUCAGCUACGAAUUAGAGAACUAUAUGACCGCCAGGCUCAGCAGGACGUCCUGACACUUGGAAUCACCAUUGAUGAGUAUAUUCGUCUCAUCGGCAGUGUAAAGACUGCCUUCUCUCAAAGACAGAAGGCUUUCCACAGCUGGCAUGCCGCCGAGUCGGAUCUACAGAAGCGCAAGAAUACACAGGAUAAGCUUCUCCGACAGGGAAAGACGCAGCAGGAUCGUUUGAACCAAAUAAAUGCCGAUGUGGCUGAUGCGGAGCGAAAGGUACACCAAACCCGAUUGUUAUUUGAAGAUAUGGGGCGCCUAAUGCGCAAUGAGCUGCAACGAUUCGAGAAGGAGAAGGUGGAGGAUUUCAAGUCUGGUGUAGAAACCUUCCUUGAGAGUGCCGUGGAGGCUCAAAAGGAGUUGAUUGAGCUUUGGGAAACUUUCCUUUUGCAAUUGGAUGCUGGCGAAGACGGUGUCCCUUAUUACGUCCCUGCUACGGAGGGCGUGGCUGGCGAGACUGCUACACUUGAGUCCUCCACACCAAAUACCGAAGCCUCACUUGGAGCUGAGGAUCACGUCUGA